AUGGCGGAGCUCACCUGCCUUGCGGCCGAGUGUCAGUACAGGACAGCCAGCUGCGUCACUGGCUCUGUGGUCCAGGCCUACAGGGAAGCCUCGGCCGAACUGCGAUGGCAGGCAGAGGGCCCUGGUGAGCACCGAGAACAUUCUGCAUUCCAGGCUGAGGAGGGACGUCGCACUCCGAGCGUGGUUCCUAAACCAGAUGCGAUUUCCCACAUCCCUGGUGUGGGCUCCAGAGCACGUUUUGAGCUGCACACCACUGCCAGGAGAAGCCACCCAAGGAUGGUGACACCUUCCGAUGCCAUCGUGGUGGUUUUUGUGCUUAAAAUGGCUGCUGUGUUUCCUGUACAAGGCGCCCAGCCCAGCCAUGAGAGUGCGGAGACAGGGAACAAUACAGGGGCUGCAGAGAGACCAGGCCUGUGGGCCAGGGGCGACCUGGAGGUGGGAGGCAGCAGUGCCGGCAGAGCCGAGGGCCUGUGUGCUAAGGAGCCAGCUGUGCCAAAGAUGUGGAGGCAGCAGGCAGAAAGGGCAGGGAGUGAGGCCCAGCUGGCUGACAAGGGGAAGCAGAGGGAAUCGGGCAUGGUCUGGACAGGCAGAUGCCCACUGUGCCCGGGACCACAGGCACCGAGCACCCCUUUGGCCCUGAACACCCGGGGGCAGGACCCACGGCCCGGGAGCCCCACGCUGCUCAGCAAGAGGCCAGCUCCCCGCAGGCUGCCGCCUCGUACGCGGGAGCCAGGGCAGUGCUGGGGCCCGGCUGGCCCUGUACCUGCGGUCACGCACCCGGGUGCCCCCAGCAGGCCCCUCCCUGCACUGGCGUCUGGGACCCUGCAGGGGUGUGCGGACCAACUGUCCCUCUCCCUCAGCCCCUGUGCCUCGGCGGAGCCCAGCGGCAUCCAGCCUGCGGACGGUCCGGAGGCUGCGGCCGAGCCCAACGGGCACCAUGUAGAUGAGCCAGCGACCUGUCCUAAGCGGGAAACCCGACUUCCUUCCAAGUUCCAGCCCCUGCAGACAUCCGCGAUGGAGACCUCUCGCUCCCCUUCUCCUCAGUUUGCCCCCCAGAAGCUGACGGACAAACCUCCCCUCCUCAUCCAGGAUGACAGCCCCACAAGCCACAGAGCAGAGGAUGGAGUGAGACUACAUUCUGAGAACUUGCCAAAGGCAGGCUACGAAGAGCAGAUCGCAGUUCCAUCCAGGUCACCCAGGCGACGGAAACAUGCAGGCCCAAAUGUGACGUCUCAGCAGCCUCUUCCUACUUUUUUAGGGGUAAAGUGAAGGAAAACUUGGAAAUAAAAUGAAAUAGCAAAGAGAAAAAAUGCAGUAAUUUGAGUAGUGAGAAAGCUUUAUUUGAAAGUAAGUACUUAAAGGAAAGUGCGGGCGGCCUCCGAGAGGAGGUGGCGCCGAAAGUUUGUGGAUUCUCUUUUAAGGUUUUCAAGAAUAGGGCAAAGGGCAGAGGGGGGUUUUAUGGGCAUAGGCUCGACAUGUAGUCUCAACAUGCUUUACUGGUGAGAGACCCCAA